AUGGAGAGACCUUCUGAGUUUUAUAUUCCCAAUAUUAUGACCAGCUGGCCUUGGCCUCAAAUUCUUAGCCCUCACUCCCAGGAAACUUGGGCGGCCUCUCGUGCUUGGUUUCUCGACUUCAAACUGUUCACGCCACGAGAAAUAGAAGUCUACGAUGCAAGCCAUAUCGCUAAGUCUGCAUCGUUGCACACAAAGAAAAAGCCAAAAAAACCCAACGAAGCCCCGACUUCAAGGAGAGCCAAUUAUAGCGAGAUAGUUUGGCAAUUCCGGGAGCGGGCAACAAGGGGAGCGAAUCCUAGGUACCAGCAGCGAUUCAUUGACACGUUUCAAGAAUAUACCGAUACGGUCAUACAGCAAGCCGGGGAUCGCCAAUCCAACCAUCUGCGUACUGUUGACGAAUAUUUCGCUGUUAGACGCGGAACAUCGGGCGUGAAGUCGUCAUUAGCACUAAUACUCUUCGACUCCGACUUCGAUAUAUCACCCGACCAAGUUCUCGAUCACCUAGUUGUGCUUGAACUCGAGAUUUGCGCAACUGAUUCUAUCAUAACCGUCAAUGACAUCAUUUCAUAUAAUCGACAACAGGCUCGCGGAGACGACACUCACAAUCUCGUUACCAUCAUCAUGCACCAGUAUCGAAUGGGGCUACGAGAUGCCCUACAGUUUUACACUUUCAUGAAGGCAUGA